GUCCUGGGGCGCACUCGGGAAUCCCCCUCGUGUAAAUUUGGGCACAAACAGGUUGGGGGGGGCGGGACCCCCAAACCCCACCAAACUUCCCUCAAACCCUCCCUAAAACCCCCCUAAAGCUCCCCCUGUGCCCGUGGCGCGGUUUUCCAUCCCGUGUCCCCCCCACGCCCAGUUCCCCUGCCCAACUGGUUCCAGUCGGGGCCGCACCCGCCCCCCCGCGUCCCCCCCGCGCUGCCAAUGUGGCACUUUAACCCCUGCGGGGCCGCCCCAAAACCGCCCCGACCCCCCUUGGGGGUCGCGGAGAGGCCCCCCCUUCUCAGCAGGGCGGGAGGGGGCGUCACCCCCCGAUUUUUAGGGAGGAACCCCCCUGGCCCUCCAAAUUCCACCCCAGGAAGGGGGAACCUCCCCGUGCCCCCCCGUCCAAAUUUAAGCCCUCGCCUUGGCGUUGGAGGUCCCCCCAAAGUUGGGGGGAGAUAUAUGGGGGUCCCACAGCGUUGUGCCCCCCCCCCGCCCCGAGGGGUGUAGCCACUUUGGGGGGCUGUUUUGUGGGGUUGGGGGGUUAAAUUUUGGUUUUCCCCCCCUAAAUCCAGCGAGACACGGGAGUGUCCCCCAAAUAUGCCCCCCCAAACCCUCCGUGGGACCCUCUAGUAUUCGGAGGGGGCACAACCGGCCCCCCCUAAACGUGGGGGGUCCCCGUGGAGGGAGGAGUGCGGGGGCGGGAGGGUGUGGCCCCCAUUUCGGCCCCAUUUUUAGGGGAGGGGGGUCAAGGGGAGUUUAUUUUGGGGUGCCUGUGGCAUGUGCGUGCCCAAGGCGGGCCCCACCCCUCCCUCAGACCCCCCCCCCCCGGGGUUAAAAACGCGCCAGUCGGGGCCGGAAUUUCUUUAAUUUCAGCAAUUUUGGGUUUUCUGGAAAAAACCACACAAAACCCACCCAAAAAAUACCCGCCUGCCCCUCCCCCAGCACCGCCCGGCCGCGUGCGGGGGGGCUCUUCCCCUCCCCCGCCGUGUCACACCCCCCCCGGCACAGCGAGGGGGAGUUUGGGACACCUCCACCCCGAAUUUUGGGGUUGUGGGGAGUUGGGAACCUCCCCCGCCCUUAAUUUUGGCGUUUAUGUAGGCUCGGGACUCCCCGUCUCCAAAUUUUGGGGGGUGGAAGGGGCUGGGGACCCCUCACCCCCAGUUUUGGGGUUCCGGAGUGGGAUAGGGAGGGGGGUGACAUAGGUGGGCAUUGGGGGGUGACACUGAUGAUGCCCUCCCCUUCCCCCGUUGUGGCACCCCCAGGGACAUUGGGGGUCUCGGACACUCCCAUUACAAAUUUUGAGGGUUUGGGGGGCUCAGGACCCCCCUGCUAUGAAUUUGGGGUUUUGGGGGGCUGAGACCCCCCCAACCGAAUUUUGGCAUUUGGGGGGGCUUGGGACCUCCCAUCUCCGAAUUUGGGGGGGACUGGGACCCCUCUAACUAAAGAGUUUUGGGGUUUGGGGGCUGGGACUCCCCCACACCGAGUUUUGGGGUUUGAAUCUCAGAUUUUGGAGCUGGGGGGGCUGUAUGAAGGGUCCCCUUUUAUUGGGGGACUUUUUUUUUGAACCCUGUUUUUGGGGGGGGUCGCAGCGUCCUGGACAUGUUUGGGGGUGCAGAAAGAGGGACCUGGUUUUUUUGGAGGGAGGCACAGGGAUGUGGAGACCCCACUGAGGGACCAUUUGGGACCCCUUGGGGGGAGUUGGACCUGGUUUGGGGUGGUCGGGGGUCCUGGACCCUGUUUUUGGGGGGAGCCCGAGAUGAAGGGGGGGUUAACAUGGCGACCCCCCCAACGUAGGAGGAUCCUGCCCCCUCCCUUUUACCCCUCCUUUUUGGGAGCGGUUCAGAGGAUCUGCCUGACCCCCUCCCCUCCUCUUUUUGUGCCCCCCCCAGCCCUGGAGGCCCCCCCCGGGCGGGUUUUGGGGGACACGGGCCCCCCCUCACCGCCACCUCCCCCCCGCGUGUACAAACCCUGCUUCGUGUGCAGCGACAAGAGCUCGGGGUAUCACUACGGGGUCAGCUCGUGCGAGGGCUGCAAGGGGUUUUUCCGGCGCAGCAUCCAGAAGAACAUGGUGUACACGUGUCCCCGGGAGCGGAACUGCCCCAUCGACAAAGUGACACGGAACCGCUGCCAGUUCUGCCGCCUCCAGAAGUGCCUCCGGGUCGGGAUGUCCAAGGAAGCCGUGAGGCACGACCGGAACAAGCGGAGGAAGGAGGUGAAGGAGGAUUUUGGGGGAGACGAGCUGAGCCCUGAGUUGGCCGAGCUGGUGCAGAGGGUGAGCAGAGCCCACCAGGAGACCUUCCCCUCCCUGUGCCAGCUGGGCAAGUACACCACGAACUCGAGUGCAGACCACCGUGUGCAGCUGGACCUGGGGCUGUGGGACAAGUUCAGUGAACUGGCCACCAAGUGCAUCAUCAAGAUCGUGGAGUUCGCGAAGCGGCUCCCGGGGUUCACAGGGCUCAGCAUGGCCGACCAGAUCACCCUGCUCAAGGCUGCCUGCCUCGACAUCCUGAUGCUGCGGAUCUGUACCCGGUACACCCCCGAGCAGGACACGAUGACGUUCUCGGACGGGCUCACCCUGACCAGGACCCAGAUGCACAAUGCAGGGUUCGGGCCCCUCACUGACCUUGUGUUCGCCUUUGCGGGGCAGCUCCUGCCCCUGCAGCUCGACGACACUGAGACGGGGCUGCUUAGUGCCAUCUGCCUCAUCUGUGGAGACCGGAUGGAGCUGGAGCAGCCCCGGCGCGUGGAGCGGCUGCAGGAGCCGCUGCUUGAGGCUCUCCGGGUCUACGCACGGCGGCGGCGGCCUCGGCAACCGCAGCGAUUCCCCCGAAUGCUGCUCAAAAUCACCGACCUGCGUGGCAUCAGCACCAAGGGGGCAGAACGGGCUCUGACCCUGCGCACGGAGAUCCCGGGGCCGAUGCCCCCCCUGAUCCGGGAGAUGCUGGAGAACCCCGAGAUCUUCACUGAGGGGGAGGGCCAGGGGGAGCCCCCCCCACCCCCAGACCCUCCCACGGCCCAGGACAGCCCCCCCGGCCCCCCCAAAUCCCCGUAACCCCCCCAACUCCCCAGAGCCCCUAUGGUGGGGGCACUCAUAGCUGCCUUCCAGGGUCCCCCCCUUUUGCUCUGGGAGGCGGGAGACCCCCAAAGUGGGCCCCCCCCUGAGCUGGGGUGGGGGGUGUCAGAGACUGACAGAGCAAAGCUAUUGCCUUAAGCUGGGGGGGGGUCCAGGGACCCCUCCCCCCUUCCAAACUCAGCUUCAGCCAAAGCCCCCCCAGCCCCUGCUGCCCCUGCCUUGUAGUGAGAGGAAUUUUAAGAGGGGCAGCCCCCCCUCCCCCCAAAUUAACACUCGUGGGUUGCCCCCCCCUAAAUACCCCCCUGAGGGUUUAUUUAUUGGACACAGGGUGGAUUCUGGGAGGGGGGGGAACCCCCAUUAUCCCCCCCAGGACAUUCCCCCCCCCCCAGUUUGGGGGGGCCCCAUUUAUAUGUUGUUGGGGGUGGGGGGACCCCAAAAUUCCUCCCUCCAUCCUAUUCCCUAUACACUACAGAGACCAAAGAUGGGGGGGCCACAAGAUGACUCCCCCAACUUCCCCCCUAUUUUGGGGGGUUCUCAAGCCAUAGGGUGACCCCAGUACCCCCCCAGGGCAGCUUUGGGGGGGGACACACCCCCAAAUAUGUUACCCCCCCCAAGUCUGGCUGAGUGGGGGGGCCCGGGCUUGCUGCUGCCCCCCUAAAUUUGUCCCCCCCCCAACUUGGGUGGGGUCUGUUACACUACGGGGGGGUGGUGACCCUUCCCCCCAGGGCAGCACUUUCACCCCCCCCUUUAUUUAUUCCUCUGCGUUUACAUUGGGCCCCUGCCAUUUUCAGGGGGCCCCCCUGCCGCUGCCCCGCCCCCGCUAGCCAUCCCCCGCUUUUGGGGGGCCCCCCAGCCAUGUUUACAGCCCUCCCCCACUCCCUCUGUGCUGAGGGGAGGUCUCGGGACUUUUCUAUUUUUGCAAAUUAAAGUGACGGAAAUUUU